AAAAAAACUAUUUGCUAUGCUAAGAUAUAUCCCGUCCCCUCGAGUCCUUGACCUCCUCCCGAAACGGAGCUUCAGCUCGAGCUUUUUUGCUCCGGCUGCCUUCAAUCGUCGUCUGGGGAGAAACCUUACGCUCAGAUUCAAUACCACAUUGUGUGAGAUUAUGACAACCAGGAGCUUUACCGGCCUUACAAGACCUGUCAUUGUGCUUGUUCAUCCAGAGGUACCUCCUCUUGUAUACAGCAAAUGCCAGUUAAAUUUUAAACCAUUUCUGAAAAUCCCUUGUAAUUAUGGGCGAAAGAUUGGGCUGAUUACAAGGUCUCGGUACUCUGUUGCACAUAGAGAAUCUAAUUCUGUGGAUUUAACUUCUUCCAAGAGAGAAAAUGUGCCUUUAGGUCGGAAGCUAGGAGGCUCGUCAUCUCUUUAUAGCCGUCCAAGUUUGUCAAUAAUGAAGAAGGAUAGAAUGGAAAACCGUGCCAGGGUUUAUGACUUCUUACGGGGGAUUGGCAUUGUUCCCGAUGAGCUUGAUGGGUUAGAACUUCCUGUGACUGUUGAGGUUAUGAGGGAGCGUGUUGAUUUUCUCCACAAAUUAGGGCUCACAAUAGAAGAUAUUAACAACUACCCCCUUGUUCUAGGUUGUAGUGUGAAAAAGAACAUGAUUCCUGUGCUUGACUAUCUUGGGAAAUUGGGUGUUAGGAAAUCUACUUUUACGGAAUUCUUAAGAAGAUACCCACAAGUUCUCCAUGCAAGUGUUGUGAUCGACCUUGCUCCAGUGGUCAAGUAUCUUCAAGGGAUGGAUAUUAGGCCAAAUGAUAUUCCUCGUGUUCUUGAAAGAUAUCCUGAAGUGUUGGGAUUCAAACUUGAGGGGACCAUGAGCACAUCAGUUGCUUAUCUGGUAGGAAUAGGGGUAGCAAGAAGAGAAAUUGGAGGGCUUUUAACUAGGUACCCAGAAAUUUUAGGGAUGCGCGUGGGCCGGGUGAUCAAGCCUUUUGUUGAAUAUCUUGGAAGCUUAGGUAUUCCAAGGUUAGCUGUUGCUAGAUUAAUUGAGAAACGACCGCACAUUCUUGGUUUUGGAUUGCAAGAGACUAUUAAACCAAAUGUAGAGUCACUUUUAGAGUUUAAUGUUCGAGAAGAAUUACUUCCUGCUGUAGUUGCACAGUAUCCUGAGAUGAUAGGAAUUGACUUAAAGCCAAAGCUACAAGCUCAACAGAGGUUGCUUCAUUCAAUCAUUGAUUUGGGUUCUGAGGAUUUUGGCAAAGUUAUUGAGAAAAUGCCACAAGUUGUUAGCCUCAGCAAUACAGCUGUGAUAAAUCAUGUGGAUUUCCUUAAGGAUUGUGGAUUCUCCAUACCGCAAGUGAGCAAGAUGGUCGUUGGUUGUCCCCAAGUGCUUGCCUUAAAUCAGGGCAUUAUGAAACUUAGCUUUGAUUACUUCCAGAAAGAAAUGGGAAGGCCAUUGGUUGAUUUGGUUACUUUCCCUGCAUUUUUUACUUAUGGUCUGGAGUCAACAACAAAACCAAGACAUAAGAUGGUUGCGAAACGGGGGUUAAAAUGUUCUCUCUCGUGGCUUCUCAAUUGCUCCGAUGAAAAGUUUGAGCAACGAAUGAACUAUGACAUUAUUGACAUGGAAGAUGAAGAAACUGAGCCAUCAUUUGACAUGAAUUCACUGAUGGAAUCAAGAAAUGAUGAUUCAGGUUCUGACUAUGAGGAAAGUGAUGAUGAGUAUGCAUAAAACAUGAAGUCGUCAGCUGCUGCAGACUAUGGGUGGUUCAUGGCCGAGACUCCAGACCUUCCUAAACUGAAGGAAUUCCAAUACCAUGUCAAUAUCUACAAGUAGACCUCAUCACAACCACCCAGCAUGCUUUCAUGAUUAUUAUUUGUAAUAGUUACUCUCAGUUGAGAAGAAACUCGCAGCUGCUUUGAGCUUGUAUAUAUGAAUGCUUACAACAUGAACUCACUGAAAAUUUAUGUCUCAGUUCUAUGGUCAUCAUUAUAUUCUUGCA